AUGAGUUAUCAACAGCAAAAAGACGUCUUAGAUAGAAGUUUCAGACUCCUUACAAAAUUUUGUGGCAAACCGCCAAAAGGCUACGUUGCGCCCUAUUGGGAAACUUCUCAGGAAGGUGUAGAUUUGCUUUUAAGCUAUGGAGUGGAAUAUGAUCAUUCAAUGAGUCAUCACGAUUGCCAGUUAUACUGGCUCCGGACUGGAGAUUCUUGGACAAAGAUAGACUACUCCAAGAAAGCGGAGGACUGGAUGAAGCCACUAAUUAAAGGAAAGGAUACGGGAAUGGUGGAAAUACCAGGAAGCUGGCAUCUAGAUGAUCUUGAAGCAAUGAUGUUCGUAAAAAAUAAUCCUGACUUCUACGGAUGGGCGAAUGCUAGAGAUAUGGAGGAUAUUUGGAAAGAUCAUUUUGACUAUUUCUAUCGCGAAUAUGAUGAGUUUGUUUUUCCAAUUACAUGUCAUCCUGAUGCCUCCGGGAGGCCACAUGCUCUUCUUAUGCAUGAAAGGCUAAUUGAAUAUAUCAAUAAACAUGAUGGCGUUGAAUGGGUGACAAUGGGCGAAGUUGCAAAAGACUUCAAAGAGAAAAAUCCUUAUCCUGAUGGAGCAAAUAAGCCUCUACUGGAAGAAGAAGUCCUUAAAAGAUUGAAUAUAACCCUAAGUACAAAUUUCUCAUAA